GACGUAAUGCACACAAGCUAACAGCUGACGAACGCUACAAGUGGAUCAGAAAACUGACAACUCACCUUGCCUGGCCAGUUUUAAAGAUAACUCUUCAAGGUGGUCGACAAGAUGCCGAAGUAUUGUUCUGCACCGAACUGCAAGAAUGAUUCUGGAAACAACAAUUCUGAUAGGAAAAGCUUCUAUAAGUUUCCACUGCAGGAUCCAGCUCGGUUAGAACAGUGGUUGAAAAACAUGGGUCGUGAGGACUGGAGCCCUUCCAGACACCAGUACAUCUGUCAUGAACAUUUUGCAUCUUCCAGCUUCAAGCUGCGCUGGGGGAUUCGCUACCUGGAGAAUAAUGCUGUGCCCACUGUCUUCCAGCUCACUGAGAAACGUAAAGGUGAGGAACACAGUGAGAGUCAGAAAUCCAAAAGGCUGCGACACGGCAGGAAACCACUGACCACCACCUCUUCUGACGUUGGGAUGCCAGUUAGUGACUCCACCGACAGUGACAACACAUUGACACUCUAUGAGGUCACUGUUAACCCCUCGGCGACUGAGGAGGCACAGCUGCUGGAGGAGCGGGACGUGACUGGCCACACAGCGCCACUGUCGGUGUUGGAGGGGAGGAGCCACACAGUGGGCCUUCUGCACACAGCGCCACUGUCAGCGUUGGAGGGGAGGAGCCAUGACGUGGCUGCGGGAGACUUCCCUGUUACGGUGUUCCAGACAGUAGAGGAUCUGGGUGGGCUGGACGGGGAGGUGGUGGUGUCACAACAGCUGGAAGAGGUGGUGAGUGGGGUCACAGCGGCCAUCUUGACUGAGGGUCAUGACCUCGGAACGACGGAAGAUGUCGGCAAUUUUGUGUUGUCCCCGACGUCUCUGGUCAUGCAGACCGUCUCUCCUGAGAUGGAGGAGGAGCUGUCUGUCUCCCAGGACGACCACGGUGGUGGGGCUCAGAUCAUCGCCUACUUUGAGACGAUUCCCAACAUUCUGUCCAGCGGGGCGGCUCAGUUCAGCAUCCCCCCAGACACUGUGCUGUCCUCUGCUCUCAGCCCCACACCCAUCGUCUCCACACUGCCUAUAGUGUCCAAGCACAUGCCUCCCUCUCCUGCAUCACUUAUCCUCACGCUGGAGAGACUGGCGACAGAGGAGGGGGAGACUCCAGAGGAGGACGAUAUGGAACAUCGGGGAAGCCAACUGGAGGAACACCGCUACAAUAAGAACAGCCUGAGUAAGGAGCAGCUGGAAGCCAUUGUGAUCGAGCUUCAGAAGAAGGUAAAGGUAUUGCAGCAGAGACACAGGAGACACCUGGAUAAACUUGUGGGUCUGGAAAACACCGUCAACCAACUGAGACAGAACAACUUGUUGAAUGAAGAGAGGGUACGUCUGCUGGAGAGGGUGUGUAUCCAGACCAGUGCUGCUGUAUCGGAGGCAGGAGAGACCGUGGCUAUCAUCUAUGAACAGGACAACACAGCGUACCUCUAUGACGGAUCGGGAUAAACAGCGUACCUCUAUGACGGAUCGGGAUAAACGGCGUACCUCUAUGACGGAUCGGGAUAAACGGCGUACCUCUAGGACGGAUCGGGAUAAACAGCGUACCUCUAUGCCUUGCCUAGUAUAAAGAUCGAGAAAGGUUAGGGUCCAGAACAGAGAUGAGAUGGGGUCAGGUACCAGAACAGACACGGGAUGGGGUCAGGGUCCAGAACAGACAGACACAGGACGGGGUUAGGGUCCAGAACAGAGAUGAGAUAGGGUCAGGUACCAGAACAUAUACAGGAUGGGGUCAGGGUCCAGAACAUAUAUACGGGGUUAGGGUCCAGAACAUAUACAGGAUGGGGUCAGGGUCCAGAACAGACAGACACAGGACGGGUUCCAGAACAGAGAUUGGGUCAGGUACCAGAACAGACAGACAGACACGGGACGGGGUCAGGGUCCAGAACAUAUAUACGGGACGGGGUCAGGGUCCAGAACAUAUAUACGGGACGGGGUCAGGGUCCAGAACAUAUAUACGGGACAGGGUCAGGGUCCAGAACAUAUAUACGGGACGGGGUCAGGGUCCAGAACAUACAGCCACGGGACGGGGUCAGGGUCCAGAACAUACAGCCACAGGACGGGGUCAGGGUCCAGAACAGACAGACACGGGACGGGGUCAGGGUCCAGAACAGACAGACACGGGACGGUGUCAGGUACCAGAAUAGACAGACACGGGACGGGGUCAGGGUCCAGAACAGACAGGCGAGAUAGGUAGUUGUUACCUUGCUAAAGUGAUGAGGAAUCUAGCUGAUAUGAACCCUGCACUUUAUGUGAUGUGAAAAUCAGAAACUUGAUUGUCUAUUCUUGGAAUAUCAGAAGAUGGAGACUGAUCUGUUUGCAUGAACGUGUCUGCUUUAUUAUUUAUUAGUGUCUUAGGUCAUAUUAUAAACUUGGUGGUUCCAGCCCUGAAUGCUGAAAGCUGUGGUUUAUCAGACUGUAUACCACGGCUAUGGGCUGUGUCCAGGCACUCUGUGUUGUGUUGUGCGUAAGAACAGCCCUUAGCCGUGGUAUAUUGGCCAUAUACCACACCCCCUCAGGCCUUAACACUUAUUAUAAAACUGUGUGGUUUGAGCCCUGAGUGCUGAUUGGCAUAACAGACUAUACCACUGUAUGACAAAAAAAAUCAGUUUUACUGCUCUAAUUACGUUGGUAACCAGUUCAUAAUAGCAAUAAGGCACCUUGGGUGGGUUUGUGGUAUAUGGUCAAUAUACCACGGCUAAGGGCUGUGUCCAGGCAUUCUGCGUUGCAUCGUGCUAAAGAACAGCCCUUAGCUGUGGUACAUUGACCAUAUACCACACCCCCUCAGGCCUUAUUGAUGAAUUAUUUUACUAGUGUGUGUCAGUUAUUACAUUUUGGAGAGACAUUAGUCAGUCUGUAGGUGAAGUGACAUCACUGGAGUUAGUUUUGCUGGGACAGUGGAAAUGUACUAAAAAUGGUAUUCUGUUUUGUUUAAUCUUAUAAUUUUAUCCCCUGCUGUAAAUGUAAUUUUCUUUCAGAAUGUCAGUUUGAUGUUGAAAAAUUUGCUCCGUCAGCUUGUUGUUUGUGUGUUAAAGUAUUGACAAUACAAUAUUGAUUUGCACUGAC